UGGAAAUGUUGAGGAUACGUCAUAUUUUGGUACUGUUAUCAGUUGGUGUUGCCGUCCUGGCAAGUCGGCCGGGUAGAAAUAGUAAAGAUCCCCUGACAGUUGAAAAUUGCGGGAAAAGUCUAUUCCUGCCGGAAGGGAAAGACCGCAUCGUUGGCGGAGGAUAUGUAAAGCACGGAAUGUACCCAUGGAUGGUAUCACUAUACGAGCAAAGGGAUUCUUUCAAUCAUGCUUGUGGUGCCACCAUUUUGAAUGAACACUGGAUUAUCACAGCGGCACAUUGUAUUGAUUAUCCUGACGAUCCCUGGAGGUACGAAAUAUUUCUUGGCCUUUACAAGUUAAGUGAAGAAGAUGGUCCAACGGUCAAACAUUACCGGAUUUCUGAGGUUUACGUUCACGAAGAUCAUAAUAAAAUAACACACGCCAAUGAUGUCGCCCUUUUGAAAACAAAGUUGCCCAUCGACAUCGCUGGUUCCGGCGGAUAUAUCAAUGGUGUUUGUUUGCCAACGAACAACGACGAUCCAAAAGGACAAGGAGUUGUAACUGGAUGGGGACAUGAAUAUUCAUGGGGAGUAAAUUCAAAUAUCCUGAAGCACGUAACGAUACCAUUUGUUGACAGAAAAAUCUGUAACGAGGCAUAUGGUGGAAACAUUUUAGAUAUGAUGAUUUGUGCAGGAUCUGAAGGCAAGGACACUUGUCAGAACGAUUCUGGCGGACCACUUUUCCAGGUAGACAGCAACGGCACCGCCACUUUGUUAGGAGUUACUUCAUUUGGCAGAGGAUGCGGGAUGCCUGGAUUCCCAGGAGUCUAUGCCAAAGUGUCGUAUUUCCGGGAUUGGAUGAUGAAGAUAAUCAAGCCUUAACCAUGUCCCGAAAUAGCAGAAACAACUACGCAGCUCUAUAUAUUAUUUUUAAAAAAUAACAAUGAAGUUCUUUUCUCUCAACUAUUUACUUGCCAUCAUUUCAAAUGUUUUAAUAAAAUCGUGAAUAUACAAGUUUUUGUGUAUUUGUAUAGCCGCAAUUCUUGGGAUAAUAAUGUGGCACAAUCCUAACAGAUACAUACAAUUUACCUAGGUCUGUCAAAAAGUUAGUAGCACUAGUUCGUGAAAAUCUUUAGUCAAAGACUAUUUCCAUUGACGUAGUGACUUUCACGAAGCAAUUUUAGUUUUUUUCUGAUAAUUAGUUGUAAAAAUUAAUCGAUAAUUGCAACUGGCCUCUAAAUUAAAACUGCU